UAUUUUUCUCUUUCCGCCUUCUUCCUUUCGCUGCUUUUGUGUGUGUUUUGUACAACCUUCAGAGACUCUAAUUCAAAAUUAGGUUGAGGUGAAAAGAGGAAGCUGGGCGAAGACAACCCCACGGAACACAAAUGGAAGGAGAAAGCCAGGGUCAGGCAGCCCCAUGCGGGCGAAGAGACUACCGCUCUCCGUUUCUCCGUUUCCCUGUCCUCUCCCUCGAAGCGCUGACGAGGCCAAAGGAGGCCGCCUCUUGUGCUUGAGGGUUGCUAUGGCGACUGCUGCCUGAGGCCUGUUUAUUGCAUUUUGGUCACGACAUAAAGAAAGAUACCGGAGGAAGGGACGAGAGGGGCAGCUUGAGCUGCAUAGGGGAGUUGCCCCCCCCUUCGCAUCCGAUAUCCCUCACAGCUUGGGAAACAAAUUGCUUUUUACUUACGUUUGGAUGAUGAGUGUGUAGAUUUCUGGUUUAGACCAAGCAGUUUCUCAUCGAAUGGAGGAAAAGUGUCCUCCCUCAGAAACGGAUGGUGCUGGUGGUGAUGCACAAAAUGCACAGAACAAAAGGAGAACUGAUUCUGCUUCUAGUUCAUCAAGAUGCAUUCGCCUGGCCCUUGAGAACCUUGUGUCUAAUUCUUCAGUCUCUCUGGAUUUGAGUAGAAAGGAUCUACAGCAUUUAACUGAGGAUAUAUACAAGUUAUUUAACCUUAAACAUUUGCAUCUGGAAGGAAAUGCCCUGUCAGUAGUUCCUGAAGAUUUCUUUCAGCGUGUGCCAAAUCUUGUGUGGCUGGAUCUGCGUUACAACAAAAUUAAAGAGCUUCCCCCUGGAAUUGGAUGCCACAAGCAGUUGAAAACUCUGCUGUUAGAAAGAAAUCCUAUUAAAAGAUUGCCUGUUGAGCUUGGUAACAUAGCUUCCCUUACAGCCUUGAAUCUGAGGCAUUGCCCCUUAGAGUUUCCACCUCUUGAGGUGAUACAGAAGGGCCUGCCAGUUAUUUUAUCCUUCCUUCGAAGGAUGAGUGAUCAAAAUAUUGACUAUUCAGAACCUGUUUCUCCAGAUUUGCCUUCUCCACUAGAACAAGAAGCAAAGGCCAUUGUUAGAGAAUAUAAGAGAAAAUGUGACCGACCACCAGAUCGUAGGAAAGCUUUCAACGAUUUGUGGAAACAGAUGAGCUUCCUUAAAAUGCCUCCUGUUGAAAAGUUAAACUUGACAGACUUCAUGAAAUCCAGUUUGGAUUUGUCGGAUGGAUGGCCUAAUGAAGAGGAAAUUGUACGAUUUCAGAAGCUAAGAGAUGAACUUAUACAAGAUGAGAGAGAAGAGUAUCUAGCUAACAAAAUGGUACCUAAUGACUCCAUGCCUUCACUAAGAAGAACGAAGACCAAAGAGAGCAUCUCUCGUAAAUCUUCCAUUAUUUCAUCCAGGGGCAAGAAGAAUCUGUUUCCUGCAGUUUCAUCAUAUGAUGUGAUCAUUCAGAGUAAGAGGGCUGAGCAGUGCAGAUUGGCAGCACUAAAGGAAAUGAAGGAGAAGCAAGCUCUGAUUGAACAGCGAAAAAAAGAUAAAGAAGUGCUUCAGAAAUGGCGGAAACAGGCCAAGAUGAUCAAAGAGAAGAAGGAUAUACUGUACACGUUUUCACCUGAUAAAGGAGACAUGGUUUCAAAAAAUGCCCCUUAUGCAACCGAUGAUUUCAAGUAUCAUGACAAGCUAGAAGGCUGGAAAGAACCAAACAAACAUGACGAACACAUGGAGAUGACACUAAACUCGAUGAAAAUGAUUGAUGAGUUAAGAGCUGCCAAAUACAAGGAAGUGGAGAACCGCAUCAAACAGCACACACAAGUGAUGAAAGAAAGAAAGAAAAAAUUAACAGGGAUACCCCAAGAAGAUAUGGAGAGAGCAAAACAAGACUUUGAAACUGCUGAAAAUCUAGAGGAGGAGCUAGCAGACUUGAGAAAAGACCUUCACCAGGAAUAUCGGUUCACUGCCUUUACAGGAGAGUUGCCACCUCCAGCUGAGAAUCCACUACCAACCCCCAAACCUCAAAAUAUCUUUUCUAACAUGACAUUCUAAAUGAUAUAAAAGAGAAUUUUACAUGCGGCAGCCACCAACAGUUGCAUGCUUUUGCUUUUAAUGAGACUUCAAAAUCUGUCAUUUUUUCCUUCGUUCUUGUUUCUUGGUGCUUCACAACAUAAAAAUUGGACCUUA